GAGAGAAGUAAAAAAAUAUCACAAUUUGUGUGUAAUAAAAUAUUUCACGUGUCUGUCAGAGACUUUCUGUGAGGAAGGAGAGAGUUUUCACGGGAAGAAAAUGAACGUGAUUCACUGUAGUACACGAAAAUUCGUCACGAGCUUCGCAAAGCUCCAGGGAGCAUCAGCAGCAGCCACCAAGGGUGGUACCAUUGAGAUUCCAAUUCGAAUAAAGAGGAAACCCGAUGAUGUUCUCAAAGCUCUGGCUGCUCUGCAGAAGCCGGAUCCAACUUCUGUCCACUAUCAGUAUCAGGAUGAUCGAUACCUCAUUCCGUACUCAAAUCAACGCAGAAAAUCCUAUGCUCUAUCCGAGGAAUCGGGCAGGAAUGCUGCCAAGUGGUUGCACAAGAAGUAUGCGGAUCUCUUCAAGUACUCAAAGGGAGAACCCAUGAUUGAGGCCUAUGUGGCAGGACGUCCUCCGGAGGCAUUUGAGAGCAUCACAACAGCUGAAGAUCUCUGCUGCCUCGUGGAGAGUCCCAUUGACAUCGAGGAGAUCACACAGGGUCUGGCAAAGAUUAAAGAUAGUCGCGAUGCUGACUUCAAGCAGGGCUACUUUGAGUUAAUCUCCUUCCUGAGUGGUCAAGCAAAUCCCGGUGAUAGAUUCACAUCCCAAGCUGUGAGGCAGAAAGUCGUGAAUGCCUCGAGAAAUGAGGAAGUUGAUAAACUCUUCAGGGAAUUGAAUCCGGACGAUCCCAGGGCAUGCAAUACAAUGAUACGGACACUCUGUCGCAACUACCAGGUCUCCGAUGCGUGGACACUGUAUCAGAAGGCCCUCGAGGGUGGUAUUCCCAUCUACGUGGACACCUUCAAUAGUAUCCUUCAGAUUGUUCUUCUCCUGAAUCCCGACACGGCGGAAGCAAAGUGGAAAUCCGUCGAGGAUACGCUGAAAUUGAUGGCUGAGCACAAGCUCAAGCCCAACAUUGCGACGCUCAACAUUGUUCUCGAGCUGAUUAGCGGAAUUUUUGGCUGGAAAGACGCCCGUCAGCGUGCAAUGUCCCUUCUGGUUGAAUUCAAGAAUCUCGGCAUUCAACCCUCACUCGCCUCCUGGUAUCACAUCCUCAAUAUCUUCUACCGUGAACGUAGCCCCAUGAGUGGUGUCCUCAUUGACAUUCUCGAUGAGAUUGAGAAGCAAGAUCUUGUGCCGUGUGAUCACAAAGAUUCCAAUUUCUUCGUAACUGCCAUGAAUAUUUGCGCCAAUCAAUUCCAGAGCGUUCAGCUGGCCAAUCGCCUCAAUGAGCUCCUCAAGCGUGCUGGAAAUGGGAUUUUCAUUGGAGACUCCGUCAAGGAAUCCGUCUACUAUCGAUGCUACUUCCAGCUCUUAUGCUUGUCCGAACCCCUUGAGACCUUCAUGGAAGUCUAUCACACCUACGUGCCAUCAAUCUACGUCCCAGAGCCCUCAGUGAUGGAAUCCAUUCUCAAGACAGUUGAACUGGAUGGGGCAACACAGUACGUGCCCCUCAUGUGGUCCCACAUUAAACUCUUCGAGCAAACAACGAGAGAUAAUCUCAUCAAUAACCUCUUCCGCAUCAUUUUGAAUGCCCCAAGUGCCGCUGAUGACCUGAAUCCCAUCUCCCUGGACAUUUGGGAUGAAGUUGAGCGGAAUACAGAGUCAAAGAGGCACAUUUUCAAGUGGAAAGCCCUUCAUUUGAGUCACAUCCUCACCAUUGUGUGCAACAGCAAAGAUGUGGAGCGAGCAAAGAAAAUCUUCCGGAAGAUCGAUGAGGAACGUCAUCAAAUUGAGGGGCUGCCCACGGAAGAGUCCCUCCAGCUGCUCUAUAAACUCCUCGUAGCCAACAAAUUGGCCACCGUUGCGGUAAAAGUCGUAAACUAUGCCGAAGAGAAUGGGCUUAGUGUGACAAAUACGAAGGAUUUAGUGUAGAAAUACAUAUUUCUUCACAGAUUUUCUUUUUUAAUUUUUCUUAAUUUUCUUUUUGUUUGUAAAUUAAAUACCGCCAAAGAAAAAAAAAA